GUGCGCAGGCGCCGUCCCCCAGAGACGCCAUUACCCAGAAGGUCGGGGGAAACGGAGGCCCGGCUCCGCCCUGUGCGCUGGCGCGGCCGGGCCGGGGCUGGCCUGGUUGUCAUGAGAGCGGCGGCGGCGGCCCUGGCGCUGGGCGCAGGAGGCCGGGGCUGCUCCUCGGCGGCCACCGCCGCUGCGGCUCGGGGGUACAGGAGGAGGAAGAGGCGCCUUUUGAGCUCCGGAAGGCGCUGCCGAGGGGCAGCGAAGGGCCCUGGGACCGUGCAGGCGCCGAGGUCCGGGCGGGCCUUCCGUCCUGACAGCCCGGUGCCAGGAUGCCCCACAAGAUUGGCUUCGUCGUCGUCAGCUCCUCUGGACAUGAAGACGGCUUCAGCGCCCGGGAACUAAUGAUCCACGCGCCAACCGUCAGCGGGUGGAGGUCACCGAGGUUUUGCCAGUUUCCACAAGAAAUCGUUCUUCAGAUGACGGAGAGAUGUCGGGUCAGGAAGCUGCAGCUGCUCGCCCACCAGUACAUGAUCGCGAGCAAGGUGGAGCUCUAUGUCAGCGAGAGCCUGCCCGAGUACUUCGUGCCCUACCAGGCCGAGCGGUUCCGGAGACUCGGCUACGUCUCUCUCUGUGACAACGAGAAGACGGGCUGCAAAGCCCGGGAGCUGAAGUCCGUCUACGUGGAUGCGGUAGGACAGUUCCUGAAGCUGAUUUUUCACGAGAACCAUGUCAACAAGUACAACAUAUACAAUCAGGUCGCUCUGGUUGCGGUGAAUAUCAUCGGAGACCCUGUGGAGUUUGGUGAUGAAAGCAACGUUUCCUCCAGAGAGAAGCUGAUUGACCAUUACCUGGGGCACAACAGUGAGGACCCAGCUCUGGAAGGAACUUGUACCGGGAAAUCUGACUAUAUUUCUCCGCUAGACGACUUAGCUUUUGACAUGUACCAAGAUCCAGAAGUAGCCCAGAUCAUACGGAAAUUAGACGAGAGGAAGCGUGAAGCUGUCCAAAAGGAGCGUUACGACUAUGCCAAGAAGCUAAAACAAGCUAUUGCUGAUUUGCAAAAGGUCGGGGAGCGGCUCGGGCGGUUCGAGGUGGAGAAGCGCUGUGCGGUGGAGAGGGAGGACUACGACCUGGCCAAGGAGAAGAAGCUGCAGAUGGAGCGGUUCCGCAGCCGGGUGUACGAGCAGCUGCAGCGGCACAGCCUCGUGGACGCCGAGCCGAUGCGAAGGGCUUCUGACCUGCCCCUCCACCCCCUGGCUCACUCCACCAGUCCUUGCCACCCACAGCCAGUGCCGUCUCUACCGCAAGAAGAAAGUGCACCAGAAAGCCGGUUUGCGGAGCCUUGCCUUCAGGACAAGCCUCCAGCGCAUCCCCGGGGCCCUUCUCAGCACUCUGCAGUGGACCUCUCACCGCCCGCCGCAGACCCCCAUCUCAAGACCCACCUCCCGUCUGUGCCCUACGAUGAGCGGCCCCUUCCUGCCUCACGGAAGCAGCCGGCAGCAGCCGCCCUGGAACCGGAAAAGAGUGACACUGAUACCAGCGAGGCUCCCAGAGGAGGAGCCGCUGGAGAGCCGGAGCCCUUGACCGAGAAGGCCCUGAGGGAGGCUGGCCCCGCCGUGGAUGUGCUGGGAGAAAGCCUGGUCGCAGGGGCCUACUCCAGGACGUGGUCGUACCGGGAGGACGCGUUGCUCGCCCUGUACAAGCGGCUGACGGAGACACCCGCUGGGGCCCCGAAGGAGGAGCUGAAGAGCACACUGCGCGCCUCGGUCUUUCUCGUGAGAAGGGCCCUCAGGGACAUAGUGACCCCGGUUUUUCAGGCUUCUUUAAAAUUGUUGAAAAUGAUAAUUACGCAGUACAUUCCUAAGCACAAACUGAGUAGGCUUGAGACCGCUCACUGUGUGGAAAGAACCAUCCCCGUCCUGCUCACCAGGACUGGAGACUCCUCUGCUCGCCUCCGAGUUGUCGCCUCAAAUUUUAUUCAGGAAAUGGCCUUGUUCAAGGAAGUCAAGUCUCUCCAGAUUGUCCCAUCGUACUUGGUGCAGCCGUUAAAAGCCAACACUUCGAACCAUCUGGCCAUGAGCCAGAUAGGCCUCCUGGCCCGGCUUCUGAAAGACCUGGGCACCGGGGGCUCGGGCUUCUCCAUUGACAACGUGAUGAAGACUCAGUCACCACAAGAACCGCUCCCGACCUGUGUUCAGUUUUCAGUGAGCGCCCUGGAGCACAGAGUGUAUGAGGUCCGCGAGGCCGCGGUUGGAGUCGUUUUGGACAUGUAUAAGCAGCACCGGGCUCUUAUUCUGGAGUACCUCCCUCCGGACGACAACACCACGCGCAAGAAUGUUCUCUAUAAGACAAUUUUUGAGGGAUUUGCUAAAAUCGAUGGCAGACCUACAGAUGCUGAAAUUAGGGCACAGAAGAAAGCAGCUACAGAAGAAGCCGAAAAACGAAAGAAAGAAGAGAUUAAAGCUUUGCAAGGGCAGUUGGCCGCGCUCAAGGACACUGAGGCCGAAGCCCAGGGGAAAGGAGCCCCCCCGGUGGAGGCGGACAGUCAGGACACACAAGGAGGGAAAGCAGCCCCUCCGCCGGCUCCAGAAGGCCCAGACCAUCACUACUUGGAUAACCUGUGCAUCUUCUGCGGGGAGAGGAGCGAGGCCUUCACGGAGGAGGGGCUGGACCUGCACUACUGGAAGCACUGUCUCAUGCUGACGAGGUGCGCCCACUGCAAACAGGUGGUGGAGAUCUCCAGCCUGACGGAGCACUUGCUGACGGAGUGCGACAGGAAAGACGGGUUUGGAAAGUGUUACCGCUGCAGCGAGGCCGUGCUGAAGGAAGAGCUGCCCAGACACAUAAAAACGAAAGAGUGUAACCCUGCCAAACCAGAAAAGCUGGCAAACCGGUGUCCGCUGUGCCAUGAGAACUUCUCCCCGGGAGAGGAGGCGUGGAAAGCUCACCUCAUGGGUCCGGCGGGCUGCACGAUGAACCUGCGUAAGACCCACGUGCUGCACAGGGCACCCGCUCUGCCGCCAGCAGGUAAAGGCGCAGCUGUGGCCAAGUCAGGGACCUCGGGAUCAAAGGUUGGAAGCAAGAUCCCUACCCCGAAGGGACUGAACAAAAGUUCCGGGAGGACGUACACAAAGCGGUGACAUGAUGCGCAUCUCCUCUGUCCCUGCGAAGAGCGGAGCAAGUUUCCUGACUGUGAACCAUUUCUCCUAAAAUCCGCCCAUGGAUAUGGUGACCGUCCCCCACCCCCGCUGACCCUCGGCUCUCGGCCGUGCUGGUCCGGACCUGUUGCACCGGCCGUGGGGCCGACGGAGAACCUGCGUCCCAGGGUCAGGUCUGGACCCGCCCCGGCUUCGAGCAGCCAGGCUUCUGCCCUCCCAGCCCGGCACGCACAGGAGAGCACCCGUCUGCCGGAGGGUGCCGACGCGAUGCCCGUGCGGCCAGGCCCUCUUCCCAAGUGCUUGCAGUGAUUCCCAUAAAGACUUCACUGGAAACCUCGGGCCUGUUCGUCUCUCUCACACCUGGCCGAAUUCCCACCGGGCCGUGGCCCCCCAGCAGCGGUAACCAUGAGUGUCACCGGGUGCCUUACCCCAGCCGGGUGCACUCUGCCUGCCCCUGCCCGGUGCACCUCCUCACCCAUGUCUGCAGAGCCUGUGCUCCCCGCUGUCAUCGGUCACUGGGCAUGGGUCCCCCGGUGCCCCUCACCUGGCCAGAGGCCCAUGAGGAGUGCACGGUCCGUAGCCGUCACCACUCUCCCGCGGCAGUCCCCCCCCCCCCGCCGUAACCCCCCAGCAGCUGUCCCCCCACGGCAGUCCCCCCACCCGCAGCAAUCGCCCCCCACGGCAGUCCCCCUACCCGCGGCAGUGCCCUGGGGGAGCUGAGGUGGGCACUGUGAGGCUCCAAGGCAGGGCCGCACUGGGGGUGCUCACAUCCCUUAAGUCUGGGCCGCCCUCAGCAGAACUACAAGGUGACUGUCACCUGUCCUGUGUUCGCCUGCCCACAGCGUCGGCUGGAGCGCCCCGCUCUUGAACCCCAGAGGCAGACGUGGCACCGCUCUUGACUCUGGCGUGGGGCAUCUGCUCCUUCGCGCAUGUCACCGGUCAGCCCCUGCAGACCCAGCGCGUCUGCCUCAGGCCUGCCCCUCGCUCAUCUGCGUUGGAAUUGGGGCUCCACGUUCAUUUGCAUGGCUCGUCCCAUGAUACUUCACGCACCAGAUGUCAUUUCAAACGAAGACACCAGACCUCGAAGUCCAGCCCCCUCCCAGCUCCCCACCUGCCAUCGGGCAGGGGAGCGGUUCCCCGUGCUUCCCAUGCAGGUGGCCAGGCUGACAGGCCAGUGUGGGUCUGCAGGGAGGGCCCCACGUCUCCCCACGGCCAAGUCUCCCAGGGACCCGAGGUGGCUGGCCCUUCCUGUCCCACCGUGCAGCUGGGACAUGCUCCCCCCUCCUCCUUAGCGCCCGGCAGGCUUUCCCAACUGAGACCCGGGGUGACGGAUGAAGUGUGGGCUGGGUGAUUAGUGUGUAAAUAAAUACUGCGUUUCCGGCCGUGUGAAACCACAAAGUGUGUCUUAGAAAACCCCUAACAGCUGUCAGAGCAGUGCGCUCGCUCCUGAGUACGUCCGUGAUCGUGAAUUUGCACGACUCUCUCUCCGUCCUGGGAAGGCUAAUACCUUCUCGUACGCAGCAUGAGUGAGACCGAGAGAAUUACCAAAACCAGUGACCCAACCAAACCAUGAAAGCGCACGGGGAGAAAGGAAGAAAGGACGCAAACCUUCAGUGGGCAGAGCAGAGCGCGGAUGCCGGCAGGUGACACUCCGGCCUUUCUGGCCCCGGGGACAGCGGCUCGACCUGCAGCCCGUCCUCCACACGCGGACCAGCCGCUUCCGUAACCAGAGCCGCGGUCACGCGAGCUAGUGAAGGAACCAUUCCUUCCUCUCCGACCAACACUUCCAAAUACAGAGGUCUUAUUUUCUAUAUAUUGUAACUUGAAAAAGCAUUUGUAAAGAUAUUUAAUUUUAGUGAUUGGCAAACCAAAUCGGGUGCAUUUAAGACCAGUGAGCACGUCGGUUACGGAAGAAUCGAGUGGCGAUAUUGAAACGAUCCCUGGCAGGUUCUCGUGGCUGCUGAAAGCCUUACAGAGUUACGGACUUCUAAAGAACCACAAACAAAAGACAAAAAAUUUAAAAGGAACCGUAAGAUCCCUUGGCCAUGUAUAAAUAAAUCUGUAAAUUUGGAAUAGGAAUUAAUGAUUGACUUUUCACUCCUGAAUAUGUUGUGCAUAUUUAACUAUUUAUUUCUAUUAUUUUCAUAUUUCAGGAUAUUUUAUCAAGCUAAUUUAAAAGAAAUGUGUCUAUAAAUUUGGCAUCAGAAUACACAUGUAAAUACUUUUAAUGAAAAUUUGCAACUUUUUAAUGUUUUAACAUAGUUUUCUAUUUGUCUUUAUUUCAGGUGCCAGAGUUAUAAUAUCUAAUAUAUUUUUGUUGUUAUUUUAGGGCCUAGGGGAUCCCUCACCCUGAGCAUAUGAACAUAAUAAAAAGGUCACUCAAUGUUCUGUCACUUUUAUUUCAGGUUUUCCAUUAAAAGGCAAACGGAGUGUCUUCCACUCUGGCGCGCAGGCCAGAGGCGCGGCUGGGGGAGGCAUGGGAGGGGCAGGGAGUCCGCUGCAGGGACGGAGACAGAGCUGGCCCCACGCUGCAGGGGGUGUGGACACGAGCUUCCUGCUGAACAAGGUGAAGGACAGUCAGCUCCCUGUGACUUGGAGGACGUGGUCGCCCAGCUGUGCCCGCAGGUGGAGUCGGAGUGUCCCUCUGACCGUCUUGCAGUGCCCGCAGCGCAUCCGCACACCUGCGCCCCUUGUCCAGAGGGACUUACUGGCCAACACGGAGAUCUUGCUUUCAAAUGAGUAAAAAGGAAGUAUUUUCUCUG